AUGGUUCAAAGCUUACUCGACAAAACUGUGCUGGACACGCACGAGUUGCAUGGCGCACGCGGUGCAUUAGUAGAGUUGGAAGAUCAAGGACAAUGGGGACCCGUCAUCGGACUGGGUAUCCUUGGAAAGGAGCAACUUGGCAAAGACAGCGGAGUGGAUACCAGUGGGGGAAUGGCUGAUCAUAACGAUUCGCGUACAUCUCAAUACGUAUCUUCCCACGAUUCGUCCAACGAUUCCAGCAAAUCGCCACCAUCUGAAUACCCGCCUGAUUCGACAUCCACAUGGACAGGCUACAACCAUUCACCCUCAUCGUACACCAUGGAUAAUUACACACCGGGCGUGAAUUGGGUAUCAGAUCCUAAUGGUGCCGCGUAUAGGGGCUUGAAUACUCGACAUGAGGACGGAGUAUACGACCCACCACCGGAAAUGAACAUGUCGACGUCGUCUUUUGGGGCGAACAAGUCGAAUGAUGCGACUUCUGGAUAUAAUGAUAGCAUGGAUGGUCUGUGGGAGUCACAAACCAAUUGA